AUGAGGCUGCUCGCCUUUUUUCUCGUAGCCUUAUCAUGGGUAAAUUUUGUAUUGUCACGGGCCGUUUUUGCUCACUUCAUGGUCGGCAACACGGAGCACUAUUCAGCAGCUGACUGGAUCGACGAUAUCAAACUGGCCCAAGAAGCCCACAUCGAUGCGUUCGCUCUUAAUAUGGCAAAGGGAGAACCAAUGAAUGCCAAAGCUAUUGCAGACGCUUUCUCAAAUGCCGAGGCUCUUGGCUUCAAACUCUUCUUUUCUUUCGACUAUGCUGGCCGCGGACCCUUUUCCAAGGAGGAAGUGAUAACCUGGAUAAAUAAGUAUGCAUCGAGUAGUGCGUACUUCCGAUACCAGGGCAAACCUUUCGUAUCGACCUUUGAAGGGCCUGAUCAAGCUGAAGACUGGGUCGAUAUCAAAGCAACGACUGGCUGCUUCUUUAUACCAGACUGGUCAUCUCUGGGUGCUGAUCCCGCAGUUGCAAAGGCUAGUGGUGUUGCUGACGGGCUUUUCAGUUGGGCUGGCUGGCCGUGGGGAGAUCAUGACAUGGAAACGUACGUCGAUGCGUCUUAUAGACGGGCUCUCAAGGGUAAACCAUACAUGAUGCCAGUCUCUCCAUGGUUCUAUACCAAUCUUCCUGGAUUCGGUAAGAACUGGCUGUGGCGUGGCGACCACCUUUGGUUUGACCGCUGGAUCCAGGUUAACGUUCUUAUGCCCGAGUUCGUCCAGAUCAUUUCAUGGAACGACUAUGGCGAAAGCCACCACAUUGGCCCAAUCCGGGACCACGCCCUCGUGGCAUUUGACACCGGCAAGGCACCUUAUAUGUACUCCCUCGAUCACCAUGGCUGGCGGGUUUUCUUGCCAUUUGCCAUCGAUCGGUACAAAAAUAGCAAAGCUACCAUCACGUACGAGGGGGUUUCAUUUUGGUACCGUCCCACUCCCAAGGGGGCCUGCAGCACAGGUGGCACCACGGGCAACACCGUUUCGCAGGUCCAAAUGGAAUUCCAGUCGUACGACAUCAUUGAGGAUUCCGUGUUUUUCACCAUUCUCUCGACUGAGGCGGUCACUAUCACGGUCACCAUUGGAGGCGUGGCGUCCAAAGGCGUUCUGAGAGACCUACCCGACGGCGGUGCUGGCCUCUACCACGGAAGUGCCCCUUUUGACGGCCGUACAGGCGACGUCAGAAUCAGUGUAUGGAGGAAAGAUGUUCUCAUUGCGGACGAAACCGGACCUGCCAUAAAAAACGAUUGCCACAACGGUAUGACCGGCUUCGACGCUUGGGCUGGAGGAAGUUUGAGUUCCAAAGCCUCGAGGCCAAUCAACACGCCGUCUCUAGAAGACGAAGUGUGCAUCAGAGGCGUGGGUGCUAACGACUUUGAUGUCCUUUGUCGCACAACCUGUUUCUGGGGCUACUGCCCAGAGAGUGCUUGUGUUUGUAAAGCGACGGGUGCCCAGAUCAAGCUGCCUCCACAGACAGCCGGGGAAGUUUUCCCCGCGGAGGGCUUGAACUCGAACUACAUUGGACUUUGCAACUAUGCAUGUCUCUACGGGGCCUGCCCCGCGACGUACUGCGGCAAGACGGAGUAUCCCUUGAUAGAGCCGACAGUUUCUCCUUUCAACCCACCAGCAUGCACCUCGGGGACGGGAGAUGGGGAAUGGGCAGCGAUUUGCAACUUUGCGUGCUACAAUGGCUUCUGCCCUAUCCAUAGGUGCAAGUGUACAAGUCAAGGCCCUCUCAAUUUCCUGAAUCCCACCCAAACGACCAAGGCCAUCAGUCGAAUUGGCAACGACCAUGGUCUCUGCGCUUUCGCUUGCGCUAGAGGCUACUGUCCCAAGAGCGUCUGCGAUGCCAGCGGGGGCGACCAGCAAGGGCAGACCGACCCUCCUGUACACCAGGUUGAGAUGCCUCACCUUGACAGCGAUUGUUACAUGUUCCCUGACUGUGUCGAUCUUGACAAUACACAAGCCUCCAGCUGCCGAGACGGCUACAAGAGCAUGUCUUUUGAUAGAGGGACUUGCUCCGGUAAUUCUGGUCGCCCCAUUUGCUGCAAGAACAGUGCUCUUCCCAUGCAGUGCACUUGGAGAGGCAGCGGAGGAGACUGCAACGGACAGUGUCACAAGGGAGAGGUCACGCUAUUCGAAUCAUCAACAGGAGGCGAGCCUGGAGAGAGCGGUGACGGCAAGUGCAGUCGUGGGCACAAGGUUUUCUGCUGUGAGCUCAAGACCUUCAAGGUAAUGACCAGUCAGUGUCGCUGGACCGAAUGCUCUGAGAAAUGCACCGAAGAAGAACAACAAGUCGCUCAAGCGGAGGAUCUUGAGGGGAAAUGCGGCCUUGGGUGGCGUAAGAAGUCUCUUUGCUGUACACCUGAACAGGCUGUCUUUGGAAACGGAGUUUGCCCUGUUUCACAUUGUACCCUUCAAGAAGGCAUCUGUGCCCCAGAUGAAUUCGGUUCGCUGGACAUAUCUGAUGAAGAAGACUGUGAUGAUCACGACGAACUUCGUCGAGAUGUGCAGGGUUUUUCGCCUUUCAGCUCGCUGAACCCAUUGAUCAUGGACGAGAAGUCUCUUCUCGAGAAAAGAGGCGAAAGGAAAAGGUUUGAACUAGCGUUAUACGAUCUUGCUCAGGCCUUGAUAGUGAUGAUUGUCUACGCGAGAGAAUAUCCUGGGUCAGGCAAACUCCACGAAGAUAAGCCGAGAAACCCUCUUCCGUCAGACAAUGUCUUCGAGCAGGUUCCAGGUUGUGGAAGUGUCGAUAUCAUGGUUUACAACCGCAAAACACUUACUCCGACCCAGAUCUCGGCGAGACUCGACACAGAACAUAAUCCAGAUGCACAAUGGAUCAGAGACUUCUUGCAGAUGGUGACGAAUGGCAUACGCCCAGAUGGUGCAACCAGCCUCAGCGGACGCAUAGAUGCUCGUAUUUUGAGUAGGUUCUGGAACGCCAAAUUUCCGAAGGGCACUUUUCCGGCGUCGGGAGCUAGUCGCUGUAUCCGCACACCAAAUGACUAUCUGAUGGAUCAGUUUGGCUCCAAGGGAAACAGAGAACCUUUACUGCUCUGUGAGCGCAAGUUGAAUAUUGCAAAGGGGUCCAUUUUCAAUGGAGCAGAUCCCACAGCAAUCGGGAAAAUGGAUGCCAUACGUGCGCGAGCAGUGACGGGAAACACCACCUCGGAGGAGGAACUUUUCAAUAAUAUUGCCCAGGGUAUUGCGGUGUGGAACUAUAUGCACCAUCCCUUGGGCCUCCCAGUCGUCCAGAAGAACCGGAGGAACAUACGAAUCGCAGUCAAUUACAUAGCCAGUACUGUCCCCCAACUUGCGAAUCUGGUAUUGAUCUUGAUUGAAUUUGAUUCACUUUGGUACUCAGAAGCAGCGCGGAGGACCACUUUAUGGGUUACUGAUAUGCUAGACGCAAUCGAGGCUGACCUCGAUGACUUCGCGUUGGCGGGGUUCUCGCCGCCGAAUGAGGCCUCGAUGCGAGCUAGGGUGGCACGACUCAGGGCUCGGAUUUCAGACAUCAGAACACUGCCGGAUCCAUGA